AUUUAGAUGGUCAAUCUGUAUCCAGCUGCUGUCGAAAGCGACGAUGAGAUUGAAGUAGAUGAGAGCGAGGAUGAUAAUGAUGCAGAAGAUAUUGAGGCGCUGUCAGUCAAGAAGAAGAAGAAAGUUGCAGGAGCUGCAAACGAAUUUGCCGCCGACUUCUUAUUUGAAUGUAGCGCUGAAGACAAGAUUGAUCGCGAUGAUGCAGCUCUGAAGAAAUAUUUGCGGAAAGAGGCGCAGUCCACUCUUGAUGAGAAGAUUGCCGCUAUACGUAAAACAAAGAAUACAGCCAAAGAUGUAGAAAUUGAGGAGAUACACGACGAUGAGAAUGUUGAACAGCUCGGAGCAUUAGAUGCCAAAGAUAGGUUACGCGAGAAGAAGAAGACUGGUCGAAGAAGUACACAAAAGCAAGAUGACUUUUUCGACGAAGCCAUGGACGUAUCAGAUUCUAUCACUUUUGAACAAAUGAAUUUGUCACGACCAAUGUUGAAGGCGAUAGCUGCUGCUGGCUACACCGAACCUACUCCUAUACAAAGCGCUUGCAUACCUGUUGCACUGGCGGGUAAAGACAUAUGCGCAUGCGCGGCUACAGGAACUGGAAAGACAGCUGCAUUUGUAUUACCCAUCCUUGAACGACUUUUAUAUCGAUCAAAUGCUCGUUCAUGCACACGAAUUCUGGUGUUGGUACCGACUAGAGAGCUUGCCAUUCAAGUUUUCCAGGUAUUUCGAAAACUAUCCACGUACUGCCAGAUCGAGGUGUGUUUAUGUGCAGGUGGAUUAGACUUAAAAACACAAGAAGCGGCUUUACGUUCCAGUCCAGAUGUGGUCGUUGCAACUCCAGGACGACUUAUCGAUCAUCUACAUAAUUCGCCAUCGUUUUCGCUUAGUAACAUUGAGGUUCUUGUUUUGGACGAAGCUGAUCGAAUGCUUGAAGAAGCAUUCAAGGACCAAAUGAACGAACUCAUCCGGUUAUGUGCGCCAAAUAGGCAGACCCUGCUGUUUUCUGCCACGAUGACAGAUCAAAUUGAUGAAUUGGCCUCGAUGUCGCUGAAGAAACCCGUGAGAAUUUUCAUCAACGAGAAUACGGAAACUGCGCUGAAACUUAGGCAAGAAUUUAUCCGGAUACGAGCCGGACGUGAAGGUGACCGUGAGGCAAUCAUUGCUGCACUUGUUACUCGUACUUUUCAGGAAAAUACUAUCGUUUUUGUGAAAAUGAAGAAAGAUUGUCAACGCAUGCAUAUCCUACUUGGGCUCCUCGGCUUAAAGGUUGGACAAAUGCACUCUUCCCUCUCACAAGCACAACGUAUUGAAGCAUUGUCAAAGUUCAAGAGGAGAGAGAUAGAUGUGUUGGUCUCAACAGAUCUUGCUUCUAGAGGACUUGACAUUGAAGGAAUACAAACAGUCAUAAAUAUGCACAUGCCCAAAACUAUCAAGCAGUACAUACAUAGAGUUGGCCGGACUGCUCGAGCCGGUCGAGUUGGACGAUCAAUCUCUCUUGUUGGAGAGGAGGAAAGAAAGCUUUUGAAAGAAAUCAUCAACACAAAUCCGAAUCGAAGUCUGAAACAGCGACAAGUUGCACCAGAAGUUGUGGAGGCUUAUCGACAACGAAUAGACUCGCUUGAGGACUCCAUAAGACAAAUUGAUCUUGAAGAAAAAGAGGAGAAAGAGCUACGUUUAGCAGAGGCUGCUGUGAGAAAAACGGAAGAAAAACUGGAAACAGGAACAACGGAGCGUGAGGGACGAGUCUGGUUCAAAAAGUCAACAGUUGGAGAGCGAGAACGCAGACGAGCAGAAAGAAAAUUGAUGAGAAAAGAAGAGAUGAAGAAAAAGGAAUCCGAAAAGACCCCGGAACAAAUCCGUAUUGAACAUGAAAUGGCGUAUCAAGCACGUGAAGCCAAACGAGCUCGGCGAGGCAAGAUGACACGAUUGCGAGCUGUGAUUGAGACGUCCGCUAAGAAAAAAGUUGGCAUGGCUAAGAAACGAUCAAUGAAGCUAUCGGAUAUACCCGCGAUUGAGGCCACCAUUCCCAUUAAGAAGAAGAAGAAAGAGGCUGGAAAGAAGUCGACAUUCACAUCGGCUUUGACUGCUAUUGGAAAGCGAUCUGUUAAGAAAGCGCGGCAUGGACCUGAGGAUUCUGGCUUCCAAAAAGCCCGUGUUGCUUACCGCCUCAAAACGAAGAAGAGAUAAACUGUCCCGAAAGUGUUACGCCAGAAACGUUUUUCAGUCGUUAUUGUUGUGCAAAUUUGUUGAUUUUGUUGUUUGUUGAUUGUUUACAUAUACAAAGUGCGUCUGUAAUGUACCUGUUGAAUAAAACAACUUGAAAACAGGA